CAACAAAAAACACAACGCAGAAAAAGAAAACACAAAUUUCAGUAGAAUUUGUUCUGUCAUCAGAUUAAGAAUGUGUUUGCGGACAGUAUAGUUAGUGUAACAACAACAAAACAACGUGAAUUGAAAAAUAGAUAUUAUUAAAAAAAUAAAUGCAAACAAAAGAAUAAAAAUGCUGUGACAAAUUUAUAAUAAAAACAACUUUUUAUACUACAUGAAGAAACGGAGGUCAUUAAGGAAAAAGAAACAUAAAAGAAAAUAAAUUCUUCAUAAUAAAAAAAGAAAAAAUAGCACUUAAAUUAAACUUGAAUUAAAUUUUGCUUUAAAUGUCAAUGUAAAAGAAAACUAACAACAAAAAAAAUCACUAUAACUAAACGCCACAUUUAACCCUCUCAUCUCAAUCAGCCAGUGAAGUGUCCCACCACAACCAGCAACUAAUCACAGUAAAUCGUAUCGAAAGCCACCGCCACCGACGCCGUUUUAUGAAAAAUCUUUACAAAUGUCAUUAUUACGUCAGUUCUUUGGUACAUCAUCAAAUUCCUGGGUACGUGCCCUUAUCAUAUUCUGCUUAGCAUGGGCAUUUCUAGUGUAUGUCUUUGUCACCAAACUGAAUACACAGAAUACAGUGGAACCUGAUGCCUCAGCCAAACGUAUCAAUCAAGCGCUGCAGCUGUUGGAGGCAUCGAAACAACGUAAUCAAGAAUUGCAACAAAUGAUUGAUACAUUAUUGAACGAUCAAGUAGACAAACAGUCAGCCCUCAAACUCAUACAAAAACUCGAAUACAAUAUACAAAAUCCCAUUGGCGGGGAAAACAAAGUUGAAUCUCCUCUACCCUACGGUAGUGCCACAAACGAACCCACACUCGAGUAUGAGCUAAUGCGUAGACGCAUACGGGAUAAUAUUGGCGAGAUAUGGAACUAUUUCAGCACAGAAUUGGGCAAAAUACGCAAACAAGUGACGCGAGAACCGGCCACGGAUAUAGGAGACGAAAUCAAUAGUGUGCUUAUGAUGGGAGCAGAACACAAACGUUCGCUGCUAAGCGAUAUGGAACGUUUAAGGCAACUAGAUGGCUAUGAGGCGUGGCGCCACAAAGAGGCUAAAGAUUUAAGUGAUUUGGUACAAAGGCGCAUACAUCAUUUGCAAAAUCCAAACGAUUGUGCGAAGGCCCGCAAGUUGGUGUGUAAACUUAAUAAGGGCUGUGGCUAUGGCUGUCAAUUACAUCAUGCUGUCUAUUGCUUUAUAGUGGCCUAUGCCACAGAGCGUACUUUGAUUUUGAAAUCAAGAGGCUGGCGUUAUCACAAGGGUGGCUGGGAAGAGGUUUUCCAGCCAGUGUCCGAUUCUUGUUUUGAGUUGGAUGGCGCUCAUGCGAACAACUGGCCGGGCAGACCGGAGACUCAAGUGUUAGUUUUACCUAUAAUAGAUUCUUUAAUGCCAAGACCACCUUAUUUGCCUUUGGCCAUACCGGAAGAUUUGGCUCCACGAUUGAAACGUUUACAUGGUGAUCCCAUUGUAUGGUGGGUGGGACAAUUCCUAAAGUAUUUAUUGAGGCCGCAACAGGGCACUAAGGAGUUCUUAGAGUCAGGCAUGUCGAAAUUGGGCUGGAAGAGACCAAUAGUGGGAGUCCAUGUCCGGCGCACAGACAAAGUCGGUACCGAGGCUGCUUUCCAUAGCAUAGAAGAAUAUAUGACACAUGUCGAAGACUACUUUUUGACACAAGAGAUAAAUGGUACCACCGUACCGCGACGCAUAUUCCUGGCCUCCGAUGAUGCCCGCGUCUUAGAAGAGGCACGCAAAAAAUACCCGCAAUACGAAAUCAUCGGCGAUGCUGAGGUGGCCCGCAUGGCCGCCGUCUCCACACGCUACACAGACACUGCCUUGAACGGCAUCAUCUUGGACAUACACCUACUGUCGCUGUCCGAUCACUUAGUUUGUACCUUUAGUUCACAAGUCUGCCGCGUUGCAUAUGAAAUUAUGCAAACCUUGUAUCCCGAUGCUGCGCAUCGUUUUAAAUCGCUGGACGAUAUUUACUACUAUGGCGGACAAAAUCCACACAAUCGCCAGGUGGUCAUACCACACAAGGCACGCAAUCACGAUGAGAUGCACAUGAAGCCGGGCGAUUUGGUGGGGGUUGCUGGCAACCAUUGGGAUGGCUUUUCAAAGGGUAAAAACACGCGCACCAAUCAAGUCGGCCUGUUCCCCUCCUUCAAGGUGGUGGAUAAAGUGGAAACGGCCAAACUGCCCUCGUAUCCAAAUGUGUAGAAAAUAUAGCUGCUAAAUUAGCUUGUAGGUUUCUUUAAAAAACAAAUUUUUGGAAAUAUUUAUUUUCAUAAUUUUUAUUCGAAAUGAUAUUUUAAGAAGAAUUUUUGUUUUUUGAAAAUUUUUCUUGUAAAACUAUAGUUUUAUUUAAAAAACAAAAACAAAAAAAAAUGUUUA